ACUGACGCUCAGCUGACCUUUGGACACAACAGGCUUAACAUCAAGACAGCAGAGAAAGACGUGAUCUCAUGAUUCCCGUCCGAUCAGGAAUAUUAGCAAAAUCAUAUUUAUAGUAUCUGCCAUGCUUGAGUUGGAUUAAUCUCAAUGGAUCACUUCAGAAUGCCUGGCCACUGAAACAAUUCUCCUCCUCGAAGGUCAGGAGACAGACCACAAUGUUUUCCUUUAUCUGGUCACUUGUUCCAACUUCCUAUAUUCUACCAGGUUGGCUGAUUUUAGACACAAAUCCACUGAACUGUUUCCUUCAGGGACUGGUGGGUGCAUGUGGAAUCAAUGUGUUAUGCUCCUUGAUGAGGGUGCACUUGUUUUUAGAAGAACAGAGCUGUAAGGAUAAAAAUGAAAAUGAAUCAUCAAGCAAACGCAAACCCAGACAACAACAACACAAUAAGACUGGACUGAGUGGAACGGUCCACUUUUUCAUUGUGACAGGUUUACUGGCUGUUGUGGGUUCUCGUGUGGCUGCCUUGGUGGUCCUGGAGUUCUGUCUUAGGGCUGUCUCAGGAUGGUUAUCAGCCAGACAGGAGUCCAAAAUAUUUAUACAGCAGCUUUUAGUUCAAAGCCAGUUCUCUCUGGGCUGUGCUCUGACUUGCAGCUUGCACUUUCUCCACGAGGCGGCGUCUCAGCGCUGGUUAAGCUUGCUCCUGGCAGCAGCACUCAGCUGGUUUCUUUCAAAACAGGCCACACGCCUGAAGCAUCAUGUCAUGGCUCUGUAUAAACUCCACAGCUCCCAGCGCUACUGCGGCGUCUGCAUCAGCCUCCUCACAUCAGGGAGCGAUGUGCUGCCUGCACUGUGCAGAACGAUGAUCAUCACUUUCGGCGUGGCUGUAGUCGCUGCUGUAUCAAUCAUUAAUCAACAUUUCCUGUCUGCAACUGACGCCCUCAAGUUUUGGACACCACUGACAAUCUGCUACACUCUGUUAGUGGUGUAUAUGCAGGAGGAGCAGCAUCGACUGCCAAGCAGCCAGGUCGUUUUAAACUCGGUGGUAGUACGCCUCGGGGGAUUAAUGGUCCUGAUGCUGACUGUUGGACGCUGGGCUGACGUGAUCCACAUUCUAAUCUGUUUUCUGGGUGAGGCCAUCUGUCUGAUUCCAACCAUGGAUUUACUGGAUGCAGCAUCCUAAAAGGUUGAAGAUUAAACCUGUUGUGGACCAAGAUCAUCGAUGGCCAUGAAGAAAAGAAACAACACAAUGAUCACUAGUAAACUGUUAAAGUGGUGGCAGUUAUUAUUAAACAAGAUUUAUACUGUAAAUGUAUAAGAACAAUAUAUUUUAUUUUUUCAUUUAAAUGUUCUAACAAAACGUAUUAUUGUAAUUACUUUAAUUAAUAACCUUUCCAUUCUAAUUGUGUUACAGUCUCAGAGUACCUUGUUGUCUAGUGGCCUUUCUAUAAGGCUUUGAGGCCUGCAUUGUUAUUUGAAAUUUUGAUCAAAUCCUCAUAAAAUGAUCAAUUUCAUAGUUUUAAUGGGUCCAGAAACUUAUAGGACAUUUCAGUUAUCAAUUGUCAAGCCAGAUUAUAUUUAUUAUGAUGCUUUAUCAUAUAUGACUGAAAAAUAUUGGUAAUAUUGUAUUUAAGGUUAAAUGUAACCACUGGCUGGUUUUACAUAGUUAUUCUCACACAUUAUAUCUCAAAUGUACCAUGCAAGUAAAACUAGUUAAGGUAUUGAGUUGUUACAUGUAAGUAGCAUGGCCAAAACAAAAUACUCAAGACAAAACAGAUUGAAUUAAGGAUGUAUUAUCAAAUUAUUUUCAAAUGUAAAUAAGUUUUAUAAAGAAGUUGUGAAAGAUAUAUGUACUAAAGUAUAGGAAAGAAUGGACAGGGUAACGAGAAUCUUCUUAAAGUUUUAAAAAGAAAACUAGUAGCAGAACAUAGUAUGAAAGUUCAAUAAAAAUUGAUUGCUUAGUCUUAAACAGUGGCAGAAGUCAAUUGUGCCAGGCCUGGUGGGUCAAACCCUGGUUUGUCAUAUGACACCUGCUCUAACAUUUAGGGUUAUUAUUAUUAUUUUUUAGCUUAUUUGGUUGUAGCUUCCUAAACAAAUAUACUAUUCAUAGAAAAGCAAGUAGGGUGUCUGACAUCUAAUUGUGGAAAAUAUGAAAUAAAAAUCAGAGAUUACGAAUGAUUUAAAAUUUCCUUUAUUGUUAACAAAUGUGUACAUAUUAGACAAACCUUUCCUGAAUACUAGACGUUCAUCACCCAAACUUUCUUAUAGGUCUGCUCAUUAUUUGAUCCUUAAAGUACAGCACAUAACAGGAACAAAAUAAAGCAUUAAAUAUU